AUGCUCCUUCAUGUCCGCUUCCUUCUGUCCUUUCUGUGCUUGUUCUUCUCCCAGGUCAUUUUAGCGUCGUCUUCUGAUUAUCACGAGCGCCUGCUCCUCCGCCCACUCCCUCAGAAUGCACUACUAGCCUCAUUCAACUUCCGCAGUAACGAGUCUUUAUCGAGCUUCGAGCAACAGAACUUCAGAUACCUCCCGCGAUCCGUAGGGCAGAUACUUCAGCAUGCCCACACCAAAGAGCUUCAUUUACGGUUCAGUUUCGGUCGCUGGGAUGCAGAAAGCUGGGGUGCAAGGCCUUGGAAUGGAGCAAGAGAGGGGGGUACGGGUGUGGAGCUAUGGGCGUGGGUAGAAGCAGAGACGGAUGGCGAGGCGAAUGCACGAUGGCUGACACUCACCAACGCCCUUUCUGGCCUUUUCUGCGCAUCGUUGAACUUCAUAGACUCGACUAAGACAAUACGACCUGUCGAGAUCUUUCAGCCAGAGGGGAACCAUCAGGAUGCCAAUCUGCACCUCCUUCAUGGCGCCCUGCCGCAUGAGGUGGUCUGCACGGAGAACCUGACGCCGUUCCUCAAGCUGCUCCCCUGCAAGGGUAAAGCAGGUAUAUCAAGCUUGCUGGACGGUCAUAAGCUAUUCGACGCAUCAUGGCAAACCAUGUCGAUCGACGUCAGACCGGUUUGUCCCACGGAUGGUGGCGAGUGUAUCAUUGAGAUUGAGCAGACAGUAGACAUGGUGCUGGACAUCGACCGGUCGAAGCGACCUCGCGACAAUCCGAUCCCCCGCCCCGUAAAGAUAGAGGAUAUUACUUGUGAUACCUCGAAGCCGUACAGUUCACAGGAUUCUUGCUAUCCGCUAGACCAUGUCCUGGAGCCGUCGUGGAGCGUCGCUGAGAUAUUCGGACGUCCGUUGAAAGGCGCAUGCCCGCUUACAGCAGCCGAGGGGGAUGAGUCGGAAACAGUGUGCCUCAACGUGCCCCCCGAGCGGGAUGUCGAAGUCCGUACGCAGGGAUACCACGCUCAACGUAUGCGGGAAGGGGGCUUCCUCCGCUGCUACGAGCUUCCAACAGGCGAAGAUUUUGACCUCUUUCUCGCCGAACAGUCCCUUGAGACUACGAUACCGCUGCCGCAAUCCCCCCUCUACGCCACCCGCUCAAUCGUCGGCCAUGGUCAAGAACGCGGCGGUGUCCAAGCCGUCAUUACCAACCCUUCAGAUGCAGCCGUCGACCUGGCGUAUCUCGAAUCCCUGCCCUGGUUUAUGAAGCCCUACCUGCACACCCUCAAGGCCACGAUCACACCCACCAGCGACAACUCUAGCUACACGCACCCCAUCAAAGAAACUUACUACCGUCCCGCCGUCGACCGCCGUCGUGGCACCCAUCUCGAGCUCCUCCUCACAAUCCCGCCCGCAUCGACCCUCACGCUCUCCUACGACUUCGACAAGGCCAUCCUGCGCUACACUGAAUACCCUCCUGACGCCAACCGCGGCUUCGAUGUUGCACCGGCGGUAAUCCGCCUCCUCUCGUCUUCUGGAGAAGAGUCACCCAAAGGCGUCUACGUCCGCACGACGAGCCUGCUGCUUCCGCUGCCGACACCUGAUUUUAGUAUGCCAUAUAACGUCAUUAUUUUGACGAGCACGGUCAUGGCACUGGGGUUCGGCAGCAUCUUCAACAUCCUUGUACGACGCUUCGUCGGCGCCGACGAGGUGGAGAAACGGGGACUUGCGGGGUUGAAGGGGGUCCUGCAGGGGAAGAUUGGGCGGUGGAGAGCGAGGUUUGGGGGGAAGGGCGCAAAGGAGCUAUAA